AUGACGUGUGGGCGCCGGCUGUCCCGAUAUUCACACAGCAUGGCGUCACAACUUAUCGCAUUAAUAUUGUGGCUAUGUGGAAAUGUGUUUGGACUUCGAGAAAUUCAUAUUACAGUCCCGGAAGCCGUUGGCGUUGGUUCCAAUGCAAUAUUAGGGUGUCGCUGGGCUUUGGACACUGGAGAAGCUCUAUAUACUGUUAAAUGGUACCAUGGUGCCCAAGAAUUUUUUCGGUUUGUGCCAAAGGAAUUGCCUAACACAAGGGUCUUUUCACAAACUGGCAUUAAUGUAGAUGUUUCUCGAUCUGGUGCACAACAAGUGGUGCUUCGAGAAGCGACGAGGGGACUUAGCGGUCGGUAUCGAUGCGAGGUGUCUGCCGACGCACCGUUCUUCCACACGGUCUACAAAAGCGCAUUCAUGCGUGUAAUCGAUCUACCCCUAUCAGAACCGAAAGUACGAGCACAAAAAAGCUGGUAUUCGGUUGGAGAUAUGCUACGAGCUAAUUGUACUUCACCUCCAGCUGAUCCACCGGCCAAUCUUACCUGGCUCGUCAAUGGCUAUGAGGUAAAAGGACUCAAUAUUCCAGUCAUUGACUCAUAUUACGAGAGAAGAAAACCUACGAUAAGUGAUGCCUCACUUGAAGAUGCAAACAGAAUUAUAUUCAGUCCGUGGGACACAAUAUCUCGAUAUGAAGAAGCCGUAACUGACAAUGUCAUAGACAUUCCAGGCAAUAUUAGAGAUACACAAGGUUCUCGCCAUGUUGAAAUCAACGAUAAAAUCAAAAACGAGACCACGACGAACCUGGGCUCUAGAUACGAUGAAACAACAAGCAAAUUUAAUAUUAGUAAUGAGGAAGAUAAAUAUAACAAAACAUCUUCAUUUAGCCAACUUGUAGUAAGAGUACAACAUUCUCAUUUCCAAAAGGGUCGAUUGAACGUUACGUGCGUAGCACGUAUACUAUCUGUUUGGUCUGCAAGUGGAGUACUGCUUUUGGACGAAGAAAGACCUCAAAUUGCGCCUGUAAUGGGAAGCCGUGACUCCAGUUCUGGAGGGCCCCGACUUACAAUAGUGGCGAACGUGGGAGUCUUUUCUUUGUUCACUUUCGUGUUGCUCAGACAAUGGUCAAUCCGAUGA